UUGAGGCUCUUUCCUUCGCUGAUAGAUUGACUCGCAAUUGGGAGUUCGAGGGAGAGAGAGGCACGCGAGCGAGAGCGGAAUCGAUCCGAUCCGAUGGAAUUCGAGGUGCGGGCGGUUGGCGGGAUUGAGAGCUGCUUCGUCUCGCUCCCUCUUUCUCUUAUCCAAACUCUCGAGAAUACGAGAGGCGGGUUCCUUCCACCGGUGCUCGCUCUCCAACUCCGAGCCUGCUCUGGAGGAGGUUGUUGGAACGUCGGAUGGUCCGGCUCCGCCUCCAAGACCGCUGCAAUCGAGGUCGAUCAACUAUUGGCUGAAUGCAUUUCUUUACCGGAUCAUACUAGAGUGCAGAUCAAAGCCAUUGCUAACCUACCAAAAGCUGACUUCGUCAAUAUAGAGCCAAGCAGUGAGGAUGACUGGGAGAUUUUGGAGCUAAACUCAGAACUUGCUGAAGAAGCUAUUUUGAAACAAGUUGGCGUUGUCCAUGAAGGGAUGAAAUUUCCUUUAUGGUUACAUGGCCAUGUUAUGGUGGAAUUAGUUGUGGUCUCUACUUCUCCUAGGGAAUCGGUAGUUCAACUUGUGCCUGGUACAGAAGUUGUUGUUGAACCAAAGAGACGGAAAAAUGAAGUGCUUACACACCAGAGUGUUCAAAAGCAAAAUUCAAGAAAAGAACUAAGGAUGAAGGCACUCUUACGUGUGCAGGCUGAAAAAAGGAAAUAUGUGCAUAAAAUUGAGUUCAAAGAUAUUGAUGUUUUGGUGUUUCUAAGUUAUAUUGCAUUUAUACAUCCAGAAACGGCUAAGAAGUUUUCAUUAGAAAAUUUACAAUUAGCAACAGUUAUACCCAAAUUAUGGCUUAAGGAGAUUUCACAGAAUAGUAAUGCUAUUUCUGAGAGAAGAGGAGAUAAUCAUUUCAACAUGCAAGAAAAUAGUGGGCUUCCUACGACUAGUAAAGUGAAGCCAAGACAUGCUGUGGUCCAUAUCAUAUAUUCUGAUGCAGUAGCAAAAGGCCAUGUAAUGCUUCCUCAAUCUCUUCGUCAUUUCAUAGGAUCUGGUUUGCAUUCAUGGGUUUUCAUUAAAAAGCACUUCCGAAGUCCAAAGAAAGACAUUUUUUCAAUGACAGUUUCUCCUCUUCGAUUUAAUUUGGUUGGAAAUGGUAAGGUUAAUGAUGAUAAAAGAAAUACUAUUGAGAGCCACACAAUUCUCAAGCAGGAGGGGAUGGCAACUGAUGGAGAUACUUCCACUGGAGGUAUCUUAGACUUGUCACUUCAAGAAUCCUCAUUCUCUCCUUUGACCUAUGAAACUCUUCUAAAUGAGGAUUCUAGCAAUGUUGGUAUUGGUAUAAAAUUGGAGAAUAAGUUACUUGUAAAGUUAUGGAUGAUUGGACAAAUUGGGGCCAUUGCAUCUCAAAAUAGUCAGAUGAAAGUUAACUCUGUUGUUUUAACAAAUGAAACAUUGCUUCACAUUGAAAUAAUAGAUCAUAAAUUUGGUAAAAAGAAAGAGGAGCUAUCUAUGCAGGGUACUAAUGAGAGGGAAAAUGUUGGGAACCGCAAGAUUGAGAUUUUUUAUCUACUCAGAAUCAAUUAUAUUGACUCAUCAAAAUGUGAUGUAGAUGCUAGCUUUGAGUUUGACAUCACUGCUGGCAGCAAAAACAGCGACAAUUUGCAUGAUUUGGAAUUGGCGCUUGGAAUAUUGGAAGUUGGGGAACCUCUAUCCUUUGAUUCUAUUUCAGAGAGUGUUUUCAAAAGAAACUUCCAUCUAACUGCAUCUUCCUUAAGUUGGUUGAAGGCAUCCAUUUCUGAUGUCACUGAUAGAUUGCUCAUCCUUCUAUCUCCAGAGUCUAUGAAUUUGAUUUCUGCUUAUGAUAUUCCAUCUCCUGGGCACAUACUUAUUUAUGGACCUCCUGGGUCUGGGAAAACUACAUUAGCCAGGGCUGUUGCUAGGCAUUUUGAAGAGCACGAAGAAAUCUUAGCUCACAUAAUUUUCAUAAGCUGUUCAAAACUUGCUCUUGAAAAGAGUCUGACUGUGCGACAAGCAAUUUCUGAAUAUAUAUCUGAAGCUCUAUCCUGUUCACCAUCUAUUGUCAUUUUUGACGAUCUAGACAAUAUCAUUUCAUUUUCUUCGGGCGAGGGAUCUCAACCAUCCAGUUCAGCUACUGCUUUGGUUAACUAUGUUAUUGAUAUUGUAGAUGAAUAUGGGAAUAGGAGCCGAAGUUCUUGUGGAUACGGUCCUGUUGCUUUUGUUGCUUCUGUGCAGUCUCUCCAGAAUAUUCCCCCAUCUUUGAGUUCUUCAGGGAGGUUUGACUUCCAUGUUCAACUAGUUUCUCCUGCUGUCUCUGAACGUGGGCAAAUAUUAAAGCAUGAAAUUGAAAAACGUGCUUUACUGUGUCCUGAUGAUAUAGUCUCUGAAAUUGCUUCAAAAUGUGAUGGAUAUGAUGCCUAUGACUUGGAAAUUUUGGUUGAUAGGGCUGUACAUGCUGCUGUCGGUCGUUUUUUGCCUUCUAGGGUUGAUAAAGAUACAGAACUUGUUCUGCAGAAAGAAGACUUCUCGCAGGCAAUGCAUGAGUUUGUUCCAAUUGCAAUGCGUGGUCUAACAAAAGCUGCUUCUGAAGGCGGACACAGUGGUUGGGAUGAUGUUGGUGGACUUGCAGAUAUCCGAAAUGCUAUUCAGGAGAUGAUUGAAUUACCUUCAAAGUUUCCUGGGAUAUUUUCUCAAUCACCAUUAAGAUUGAGAUCAAAUGUCCUCUUGUAUGGGCCUCCUGGUUGUGGAAAAACUCACAUUGUCGGUGCUGCAGCAGCAGCUUGCUCCUUGAGGUUCAUAUCUGUCAAGGGACCUGAGUUGCUGAAUAAGUACAUUGGUGCUUCUGAGCAAGCUGUCCGCGAUCUGUUCUCCAAGGCAGCUGCUGCUUCUCCUUGUCUUCUAUUUUUUGAUGAAUUUGACUCUAUUGCACCAAAGAGGGGGCAUGAUAAUACUGGAGUGACAGAUCGUGUUGUUAAUCAGUUGCUAACUGAAUUGGAUGGCGUGGAAGCAUUGACAGGGGUGUUUGUGUUUGCUGCUACUAGUCGGCCAGAUCUACUUGAUGCUGCACUUUUGCGACCUGGAAGGCUUGAUCGACUUCUUUACUGUGAUUUUCCAUCCUGGCAUGAGCGAUUGGAUAUUCUUAAGGUUCUGUCUAAGAAGCUUCCUUUGGCAAAGAAUAUUGAUCUGGAAACGGUAGCAUCAAUGACCGAAGGCUUUAGUGGUGCAGAUCUUCAAGCACUCCUGUCAGAUGCUCAGCUUGCAUCAGUUCAUGAGCUUCUGGAUAGUGAAAACAGUGACAAGCCUGGGAAAACACCUGUUAUCAGUAAUCAGCUUCUGAUGUCUGUUGCUUCAAAGGCUCGACCUUCCGUAUCAGAAGACGAGAAAUGCAGGCUAUCCAGGAUUUAUAAUCGGUUCCUGGAGUUGAAGAAAUCUGUUUCUGCACAGACGAGGGAUGCAAAGGGCAAAAAGGCAACCCUAGCUUGAUAACACCAGCGGUGAACUCAAAAACAAUCAAAAUUUUCUGGAAGCUCGAUCUUUGGAGAAAGUGUUUAUAUCAUGUUCCAGCAGGAAGGAUUGUGGCAACAAAGUGGCCUUGCUGAUGAGAAACAGAACCAGCGCGCACACCACAAAAAAAAAUCCAUGCCUUGGAUUCAUCGACUUCGGAAGAUAAACGAAUGGAUGAUUGCGUUCCAUAACUAUUUGAUAGAGUGACGCAGGUUACAUAGGUGAUUUGAGGUUUUGUUUUUAGUUUUCUAUCUUUUUUUUUUUUUAAUUUAUUUGGGAAUAGUAUACUUAGCCGAUCCCAUUUAGUAGGAUAAAAGUUGAUUGUUAUUGGCUGAUGUUGUAUUCGGGAAUACUCUGCUCUCCCGUAAGAUAUGUCUACACUAUAUCCGUGUAAGAUCCAUGGCAUAGGGGAAUAUGCAUGGAAGAGUAGAAUUGUUACUAUGGAACUAUUUUAGUUAAAUACGAGGGGAAAUGGAAACGUAAGGGCAACAUUUUGUCAACUUGGACGAUAAGAAUAUCAUUGGACUGGUGAGAGUGAAGUCUACAUACAAAAA